CGCUCCACACACACUCAGCUCUCUCAAUGCAACCUCGACCAUCGUUUUACACAUCCAUACAGACCAGAAUUUCGUCGUAUUUAAAUUAAAUAAAAUGCAGUGAAAAACGGAGUACAAUUUGUAAAAUUAACGCGAAAUGGCUACCCAAAAGCCUGGCGAGUGGGCGACUGGUCUGCUGACUCGGUUCGAAGAUCAGCUUCCAUACAAAAUCGGAGCAUAUGGCACUCAGGCUCGUAUGAGCCAGGACCAGUUGGUGACAUGCCUCAUACACAUCUCUCGAUACCGCUUCUCACUGGUCAUCUCCGGUCUGACAAAGAUGCUGCAGCGUGUCAACGAGGCUGCGCGACAACCGCGUCAUGAGCCUGAACGCUGCUACUUUGAAUCUCUGGUCAUCAUAUUGACCACACUGGAGCGCUGCCUAACCAACCAAACAAAAGAUACCGCACGCUUUGAGGAAGCCAUGAAUGUAAAGCUCCUGUUACGCGAAAUUUCCCAAUUUGUAGACGUGCAGAGCGAUAACAAUCCCAAUGCGGCUCAACUAAAGGCUCUCGCCUCCAAGGUGCUCUUUGCACUGUCCCAGAAUCAUUUCUCGGCGGUCUUCAACCGCAUAUCAGCACGCAUUCAGGAGUUAACCUCGUGCUCCGAAGAAAAUCCAGAUUACAACGAUAUUGAACUGAUACAACACAUUGAUAUGGAUAUGAUCAAGCUGACCAAGCUGUUGCAAGAAACAAUUACCAAAUUUCGCUCAAAGCGCGCACCGCCUCUCAUUUUGCUGUACUCCUUAGAGAAGGCCAUAUGGAAUUGGAUCGAAUAUCAUCCACAGGAAUUUCAGGACUUGCAACGCGGCACUAAUCGCGAUAUCUCAACCUGCUGGGAACCCCUGCUGGACUUUGUUGAGUACUUCAAAUCUGAGAAUAAGAAGAGCAAAACUUUAGUUUGGCCCCUGCAAAUGCUGUUGCUCAUUCUAAAUCCCUCCAGCCUGGAAGCCACUGUUAACGAGUUGCAGCAGUCGGAGAAGGAGAAGGAAAAGGAGAAGAUGCCCUCAAAGUCGACACAAUCCACGUCACGCGACAAAGACUUCUCGGCCAGGCAAUUUAUCGAGAGCAUCAAGCGUGGUCUGGGCCCACAUUCGCCAUCGAAGCAGGUGACCGAAUCCUCGGCCAUAGCUUGCGUUAAACUCUGCAAGGCAUCCACGUACAUCAAUAUCAAUGACUCCAACAAUGUGGUCUUCAAGUUGGUCCAAUAUUUCAUUAACGAUCUGAAGGCGCUGCUCUUUAAUCCCGUGAAGCCCUUUUCACGCGGCCAGGGCUACAAUUAUGCAGAUAUUGAACUAAUGAUUGACUGCUGGGUCUCGUGCUUCCGCAUCAGUCCACACAACAUAGAGGCUCUGAAAGUGUGCUUGAAUCUGUCUUCGCCGCAGGCCUAUCACUUCGUUAUCGUGUGCUCCUUGUUGCGCCUAGCGCACAUUUAUGUGGAUUUUCGACUGCAAAAUAAGAAUCCCUUUCGCAUUGUCAACCAGCCGCGUCUUCCCUGGUGGCCACAGACCGACGUUGUGCACUACCGUUCCGCUGAGCUACGCGCUCUCUUCACGGAUACACUGAAUAAAGCCACGCAGGGCUAUAUAGCGCACACACCACUGCGCUACAUAACUUCGUUAACACUCAAGUCCAAGGACACUCAAAAGGGUUUGACACGUUCGGAGGAGGGACCAGCCCAUAAGAUGCUAUUGCUGCUGUUAGUGCGUCUCAUACACGCAGAUCCCACGCUGCUCUUAAAUACGCAAGGCAAAGUGGCGCACGAAGUACAAAGCUCAACUCUGGAGCUUAUUAAUGGCCUGGUAAGCCUGGUGCAUCAAACGACCUUGCCGGAUGUGGCACAAGAGGCUAUGGAAGCCCUACUCGCCCUGCAUGCGCCGGAAAAGAUCGAAGUCUGGAAUCCAGAAGCACCCAUCAACACGUUUUGGGAUGUCAGCUCACAGGUCCUCUUCUCCAUCUCCCAGAAACUUAUACAGCAUCAGAUAGCCAACUACACUGAUGUACUUAAGUGGCUGCGUGAAAUACUGAUAUGCCGCAACACAUUUCUUCAGCGGCACAAAGACUAUGCCCAUGUGGGUAGCCAGAUUGCCAUAUGCAAGCAGGCGCACAUUAAAAUGGAAGUGGUCUUCUUCAUGUAUUUGUGGAGCGUGGAUUUGGAUGCGGUUCUGACCUCACUUUCCUGUUUCGGGCUGCUCUGCGAGGAAGCGGAAAUCUGCUGCAGCUCCGAUGAGUUAACAGUGGGCUUCAUCAUGCCCAACUACCACAUCUACCAGGAGCUAGCACAACUAUCUUCAUCCGCCACGGAUACACGUAUUUGUUUCUUUGAGAACAGUCAUGGCAACGUGAGCCGUGGGAAACUCCAAAAGCGUAUUAUGCCACUGCUGCGAAAGAUCGAGCACUGUGUGCAUGGUGUCCAGCCCGCCUGGGAGGAAACCUUUCGCAACUGGGAGGUGCUCAGUAAGGUGCUCCAGACUCACCCCAAAGUUAAGACCGAGGAUGCGCAAGCAGAAGUGUUUCAUCGUGGCUUGGGCAAGCGUCGUGCCAGCCACCAAAGCUCCGAGCAUGAUCUAGAGGAGCAAAUCACCGAAUGGGCCAAUAUGACCUGGUUUCUGCUGACCUUGGGCGGUGUUUGCCUGCAGAAACGCAGCAACAGCCGCCAGCUCUUGUUGCAGCAGUCGCAGAACAACUCGUCGGUGGCGUCACUGGCACAGGCGUCUCUCUACUCGAGUUCGACUAGCUCGGGACAUGGAUCGCUGCAUCCCAGCACGGUCUCAUUGUCCACCAUACCACCAGCACCGCCCCAGGAUGUCAGCUAUUGCGCGGUUACACAAUUUAUUGGGCAGCUGCUGCGUCUGUUGGUCUGCAGCAAUGAGAAAACUGGGUUACAUAUACAGAAACAUGUGAAGGAACUUGUGGGCGAGGAAAUGUCCACUCAGCUGUAUCCCAUACUCUUCGAUCAAAUCAGAGCCAUAGUGGAAAAGUUCUUCGAUCAACAGGGCCAGGUUAAUGUGAAUGUUACGGACAUUAACACUCAGUUCAUUGAGCACACUAUUUUCAUAAUGAAAUCCAUACUGGAUCCCAAAGCGAGCAAGGAUCCCAACAACGACCAGCCAUCGCCAUCGGAGCAUUUGGGAGUCACAAGCAUUGAAGGCAUGAUGCUGGGCAUUGUCCGUUAUGUGCGACACCUGGAUAUGAAUGUCUAUGCUAUACGCAUAAAAACAAAGCUGUGCCAACUAGUGGAAGUCAUGAUGAAGCGACGCGACGAUUUGGCCUUUCGGCAAGAGAUGAAAUUCCGAAAUAAGCUCGUUGAAUAUCUAACGGAUUGGGUAAUGGGAACCUCGCAUCAAAUUGCUCCACCUAGCUCCGCAGAUGCAUCGCUACUCACCAGCACUUCGCUUAUCUUUCGGGAUCUCGACCAGGCGUGCAUGGAGGCAGUGGCAGCUCUGCUACGUGGUCUGCCGCUGCAACCUGAAGAGUCAGAUCGAGGCGAUCUCAUGGACGCAAAGAGCGCAUUGUUCUUAAAAUACUUUACACUCUUCAUGAACCUGCUGAACGAUUGCAUUGACAGCUCGGAGGCCGAAAAGGAACUCAACAACACACCUCUUCUGCCGCCUCGUCCACGCAUGGCAGCUGGCAAAUUAACUGCGCUUAGGAACGCCACCAUACAAGCCAUGUCCAAUCUGCUGGGCGCCAACAUUGACUCUGGCCUGAUGCACUCCAUCGACUUGGGCUACAAUCCCGAUUUGCAAACUCGCGCUGCUUUCAUGGAAGUGCUCACCCAGAUCUUGCAGCAAGGCACUGAGUUUGACACUCUGGCUGAGACGGUGCUGGCCGAUCGGUUCGAGCAACUUGUCCAGCUGGUGACCAUGAUUAGUGAUAAGGGAGAGCUGCCCAUUGCCAUGGCGCUGGCCAAUGUGGUGACAACCGCCCAAAUGGAUGAGCUCGCACGAGUUCUGGUCACGUUGUUCGAUGCUAAGCAUUUGCUGUCUCCGCUGCUGUGGAAUAUGUUUUAUCGCGAGGUCGAGGUCUCUGACUGCAUGCAGACGCUUUUCCGUGGAAAUUCGUUGGGCAGCAAGAUUAUGGCGUUCUGCUUUAAGAUUUAUGGAGCCAGCUAUUUGCAAAUGCUACUGGAGCCACUUAUACGACCGUUGCUCGAUGAGCAGGAGGAGAUUUGCUUUGAGGUGGAUCCAGCGCGACUGGACCCAAGUGAAGAUAUCGAAGAGCAUCGCAACAAUUUGAUUGCUCUAACUCAGAAAGUUUUCGAUGCCAUCAUCAACUCUUCAGAUCGAUUCCCGCCGCAGCUGCGCUCCAUGUGCCACUGCUUGUACCAAGUGCUAAGCAAGCGAUUCCCAAAUCUGUUGCAGAACAACAUUGGUGCCGUGGGCACGGUCAUCUUUCUGCGCUUCAUUAAUCCAGCCAUAGUCUCUCCACAGGAGCUGGGCAUUGUGGGCAAGCAGGUGCCCAGUUCGGCCAAACGUGGGCUUAUGCUCAUGUCCAAAAUCCUGCAGAACAUUGCCAACCAUGUAGAGUUCUCCAAGGAGCAGCAUAUGCUUUGCUUCAACGAUUUUCUGCGCGAUCACUUCGAGGCCGGCAGACGCUUCUUUAUACAAAUCGCCUCCGAUUGCGAGACCGUGGACCAAACGUCGCACAGCAUGAGUUUCAUUUCCGAUGCCAAUGUGCUUGCUCUGCAUCGUUUAUUGUGGACGCACCAGGAGAAGAUUGGCGACUAUUUGUCCAGCAGUCGGGACCACAAGGCCGUUGGUCGGCGACCCUUCGACAAGAUGGCCACGCUUUUGGCUUAUUUAGGUCCGCCGGAACACAAACCCGUUGACUCUCACAUGAUGUUCAGCUCAUAUGCACGCUGGAGCUCUAUCGACAUGUCAUCAACGAACUUCGAAGAAAUUAUGGUCAAGCAUCAGAUGCACGAAAAGGAAGAGUUCAAAACUCUGAAGUCCAUGAACAUAUUCUACCAGGCGGGCACCAGCAAAUCGGGUUAUCCGGUCUUUUACUACAUAGCCAGGCGUUACAAAAUUGGAGAAACCAAUGGGGACCUGUUGAUCUACCAUGUUAUCCUGACACUGAAACCCUUCUGUCACUCGCCCUUCGAGGUGGUCAUUGACUUCACGCACACCUGUUCCGACAACCGCUUCCGCACAGAGUUCUUGCAGAAGUGGUUCUAUGUGCUGCCCACUGUGGCCUACGACAAUGUCCAUGCGGUCUACAUUUACAAUUGCAAUUCGUGGGUGCGCGAGUACACAAAGUUCCACGAUCGCAUCCUAGCACCGCUGAAGGGCAAUCGCAAGCUAAUGUUUCUGGAGUCGCCCAACAAGCUCAUCGAUUACAUCGACGCUGAGCAGCAGAAGCUGCCUGGAGCCACGCUCUCACUGGACGAGGACUUGAAGGUGUUCAGCAAUGCACUGAAGCUCAGUCACAAGGACACCAAAGUGGCCAUCAAAGUUGGCCCCACGGCGCUGCAAAUUACCUCGGCUGAAAAGACCAAAGUCCUGUCGCAUUCGGUGCUGCUCAACGAUGUUUAUUAUGCCUCUGAAAUUGAGGAAGUGUGUCUGGUGGACGACAACCAGUUCACGCUGUCCAUAACUAAUGAAAGUGGCCAACUGAGUUUCAUUCACAAUGACUGCGAUAACAUCGUCCAGGCUAUCAUACACAUACGGAAUCGCUGGGAGCUUAGCCAGCCGGACUCGGUCACAGUGCAUCAGAAGAUACGGCCCAAGGAUGUGCCUGGCACUCUACUCAACAUGGCGCUGCUAAAUCUGGGCUCUUGUGAUCCCAAUCUCCGAACAGCUGCCUACAAUUUGCUGUGUGCUCUGACCGCCACCUUUGACCUGAAGAUCGAGGGGCAGUUGCUAGAGACGCAGGGACUCUGCAUACCUUCCAACAACACCAUCUUUAUCAAGUCCGUUAGCGAGAAAUUGGCCACCAAUGAGCCGCAUCUGACGCUCGAGUUUCUUGAGGAGUCGAUACAGGGCUUCCAGCGCAGCACCAUUGAGCUGAAGCAUUUGUGCUUGGAGUACAUGACGCCCUGGCUGAAGAAUCUAACCAAGUUCUGCAAGUCCAAUGACGACGCCAAGAAACUAAAGGUCUCGCAGAUUUUGGACAAGCUCAUCUGCUUGACGAUCGACCAGAAGGAAAUGUAUCCCUCGGUGCAGGCCAAGAUCUGGGGCUCCAUUGGUCAAAUCCCAGAGCUCAUCGACAUGGUGCUAGACAACUUCCUGCACAAGUCCAUUAGCUUUGGCCUCGGCUCACCGCAAGUGGAGAUCAUGGCCGACACAGCUGUGGCACUGGCCUCAGCCAACGUCCAAUUGGUGUCGAAGAAGGUCAUCACACGCAUGUGCCGCGUCAUGGACAAAUCCUGCACAAAUCCCACUCAGUAUCUGGAGCAGCACAUGAUGUGGGAUGACAUUGCCAUACUGGGACGAUAUUUACUUAUGUUGUCCUUCAAUAAUUGCCUGGAUGUAGCCACUUCGGUGCCAUAUCUCUUCCACACCAUCACCUUCUUGGUCUGCUCUGGCUCGCUGUCCAUGCGCGCAUCGACGCACGGCCUGGUCAUAAAUAUUAUACACUCACUGUGUACCUGCACAAAUCCCUCGUUCGGAGAGGAAGCUCAGCGCGUGCUCCGCCUGUCACUGGACGAAUUCUCGCUGCCGAAGUUCUAUCUGCUCUUCGGCAUUAGCAAGGUCAAGUCGGCCGCUGUCACAGCCUUCCGCUCCAGCUGCCGUCACCCGAAUGACAAGUGGUUGGGCAACGAGCGCGUCACCCAGCCGCUGCCUGCGGACCGUGAGCGGCUCUCGCUGCCAUCGCUGGAGGUCAUCACGGACGCUCUUCUGGAAAUCAUGGAGGCUUGCAUGCGCGACGUGCCCGACAGCGAUUGGCUGCACACCUGGACAUCUUUGGCGCGCAGUUUCGCCUUCUGCUACAAUCCAGCUCUGCAGCCACGCGCUCUGAUUGUCUACGGCUGCAUUAGCAAGAGCGUAACGGAUCACGAAGUAAAGCAACUGCUGCGCAUUCUAGUCAAGGCACUGGAGUCCUUCAACGACCUAAUAUUGAUUGAGGCCUUGGUUAUGUGCCUCACGCGCAUCCAACCGCUGCUGCGCCCCGAAUCGCCCAUACAUCGUGCACUCUUCUGGGUGGCUAUCUCAGUGCUGCAGCUGGACGAGGUUACGCUCUACGGCGCUGGUCUGGCGCUGCUCGAGCAGAACUUGCAUACGCUCAAGUCCCAGGGCUGCUUCGACAAGACGGAGACCAUUGCUGAGGUCAUGAUGAAGACGCGCGAGAAGCUCGAGUGGCACUUCAAGCAGCUGGAUCAUGCCGUGGGCUUGUCUUUCCGCAGCAACUUUCAUUUUGCUCUGGUCGGACAUCUGAUUAAGGGCUUUCGUCAUCCAACACCCACCACAGUCUCGCGCACAUCCCGUGUGCUGACAAUGCUUCUGGGAAUUAUAGCAAAGCCAUUGCACCGCGACAAGUUCGAGGUGACGCCGGACAGCGUAGCCUAUCUGACGGCACUUGUUGCUGUCUCCGAGGAGGUGCGCUCGCGCUGCCACGUGAAGCACGCGCUGCCCCGCUGGCCCGCCGAUGUGUGCGGCAGCAAUGAAAACGGCGAACCACUAACCAAUGGUGUGCAGACUAUUGGCCAGCCAUUGUCGCGGCGUCAGAAGAGCUGGGAUAUACUCGACCAGUCAGCUCUGCAGUUUGCGCGACAUCACAAAGUACCAACACUUCAGAAUGCGCGAGUUUUAUUCAAAACUCAACGCUCAUUUUCGGUACCAACCACCAAGGAGCCGAAUAAUGCGAGCGGCAUCGAAGAACGACAGGAACGCGGCUCACGCUCUUCCGUCUCCAAUGAAUCAAAUGUCCUGCUCGAUCCGGAAGUGCUUCCUGAUCUGUCCAUACAAGCGUUAGUCUUAACGGUCUUGGCUACGCUCGUCAAAUACUCCUCGGAUGAGAGCGAAACCCGUGUGCUGUAUCAGUAUUUGGCUGAGGGCUCCGUUGUCUUCCCCAAAGUGUUUCCAGUGAUACACUCUUUGCUGGAUCAGAAAAUCAAUAAUAUACUUUCCGUAUCGCACGAUCAAGUCGUGCUGAACUCUGUGCAGAGCAUCAUACAGAACAUGUUGGCCAGCGAGGAUCCGUCACAGCAGCAACUCCAUUUCCUGCAGAGCUGCGGAUUCGGAGGACUUUGGCGUUUCGCUGGACCCUUCACAAAGUACAACAUGAUGGGCGAAUCUUCAGAGCUCUUUGUCAACUGCCUAGAGGCCAUGGUGGAGACAUGUUUGCCCGGGGAUGAAUCCGCGCCCGUUCCACCUUCACCGCGUCCCUACAACCUCAGCUCCAGCUUGAGCAGCCUAACCCUAGGCUCGCCCACUGAUAAAGCAUUCUCAUCGGAAUCAUUAGACUUUUACGAUAACUGCUCUGGCAGCGUCACCUCGCUGCGACGCGCCUCACACAGCAAAUCACGCGCCAAACAUCGAUUGAACGAAAGUCCAUCACAUUAAACAGCAACUAAUUUGA